GCUUCGUUUAUAUUUGGUUGGUGAAUCGAGCGACGUCUUAACGUAACAGAGAGAUUAGUUUGUGUAAUCACAAUACGUCUGUUGAACAAGAAGAUUUAGUCUUUCCUCGAGAAACAUCCCCUUAAUAAUAGCAUGUUUUAACCGUCCCCUUAUAUCCGGUUAGGUCUCCAGUCCCCAUCACCCUGACACAGAGCUGCAGACAUGGUGGAGCCGACGUCACACACGUUUGCAUCCAUAGCAGAGGAGCUGGGCUUCUGGAAGGAGCAGGCAGAGGCACAUCAGCAAAGGGCUGAUGAGGCUCAGGAGGAGCUGCAGGAGUUUCAGCAGAUGAGCCGAGACUAUGAAGCAGAACUGGAAACGGAGCUGAAACAGUGUGAGGGUCGAAACAAAGAGCUGCUUUUAGACAACAACCGACUACGCAUGGAACUGGAGAGCAUAAAGGAGAAAUUCGAGGCUCAGCAUUCGGAUGCUUUUAGGCACAUCUCAACCCUCGAGGAAGAUCUGGCACAAACCACAGCAGUGAGAGAUCACCUGCAGAAAUACAUCAGAGAGCUAGAGCAGUCCAAUGACGACCUGGAGAGGACCAAAAGGGCUACCAUCAUGUCUCUGGAGGACUUUGAGCAGCGAAUGAACCACGUCAUUGAGAGGAAUGCAUUUCUUGAAAGCGAGUUGGAUGAGAAAGAGAACCUGCUUGAGUCUGUUCAGAGGCUAAAGGAUGAAGCCAGAGACCUUCGCCAGGAGCUGGCAGUACGUCAGAAGGACAGGCGUCCAUCAAGCAGCCUGGGCAAAGACACAGAUCUGACAAUCCCCUCGGCUGGUAACCCAUCCAUCCCUGUCACACCCUCCAAACCUAUCAGCUCAUUUGCCACGCCCCCUCCUUCCAGUAUCCGACGAGGUGAUGGUCUGACAGGGACUCCCCUCACAACUUCUGCUAGAAUAUCUGCACUCAACAUUGUAGGGGAGCUGCUGAGAAAAGUUGGAAAUCUGGAGUCAAAGUUGGCGUCCUGUCGAGACUUUGUGUACGACACGUCUACUAGCAGACCAGCACUUCCGGCUGGACCUGGUAGUCCUUCUGGUUUAGAAAGAGGUUCUGAGGUCCAAGCUAGCAGCAUGAGCCCCCCUCCUCAGUACGACAGUUUAGUGAAACGGUUAGAAUUCGGACCAGCUCCUCCGAGAGGCGUCUCCCAGGGUGCCCAGUCUCCUCAGGGUGGGGUCAAGAUUCUUCUAUGAGAGAAAAAAAGAAUGUGAACCACCUCCCGCAUUCACUAACCUGACACCAACCCCCCCCCGCCUCUCCAUCCUUAACAAACUACAGCAACGGGGACUUUGAACUAUGCCGUCUUCCCUUGUCGUCACGUGCCCUGCUGAACUAUUUUGAACAAGAAAGCCGCUCACCUUGCCCCACAUUAUCAGCGCAUGGACUUCUGCUGCCUCAGGCUAGUAUCACACCAUAUCUAUCAAAGGAAGCAGCACUAGCUUGUGUUGAAUAACAAGGAACAGAGAACAGAGAACCUACUGCUCACACGGUCUUCUGCUGUAUCGUCGACACUGUGCUGGGUAGCAUUUAAAAAACAUCUUCUGUAUCUGCUGUCGUGAAUCAACAGGGCUGACGAAACGGUACCAAUACUGGGAAACACAGUUAUCAUGAAAUAGGGAGCUGAAUAAGAGCAACUGGACAUGACCCUGAUAAAGGGACCAAGAACCUGAAAUAUCAUAUAUACAAAUGUUUCGAUUGUCAAUCGAAAGUCAAAACCAAAGCUUGAAAAAUAGAAAAACUGAUCAAAGAUAAAAGUAAUGAUUGAUUAUUGAAUAAUGAAUCUUAUAUAAAAACAAAACAUGGUGAAACUUGAUUAUUUUUUGUUUUUAUUCUUUGAGCUAAGGGCUUGAAUAGUGUAGCACUGAACCACAACAACAUGAAUAAACCUCUGUCGUGGAGGAGCUGAAUGUUAAUAUCAUUUUCCCUAGCCGAGCCCCCAUUAUUUGUUUUCUAGAAGAGACUUAAUAUUUUCCACUGUUACAAAAACUUACUUUUCUGCCAGGAACUGUUGUUAGCGUUUUAGCCAUCGCUGCCUUCAUCAAUGUUACCUCUUCAGUUUGUAGGCCUUGCUUUGCUGUAAUAGUUUAAAUAAUUAUACUCAUGCUGCCAGGCGUCUAGGAAUGAGAUAAUGUCACUUCCCUUCAGGCUAGUUUAAUAUCACAUGGUUUUCAGUUAGACCCCCGGUUCUUGCUCUCCUUCUUACAGCUGCACAGACUGCUGCACAGACUUAUAGUGAGUUGUUUUAGCCGACUCAUGUUUAUCCGGUAGUCAAAGCUGAUGAGUGUAAAGUAUAGGAAUAGGUUUUCUGCCUCAGAGAUGAGAUGUACAGUUUUCAUGCUGCAGAUUUAUGAUCUAGUGUUCCCAAUAAGUUUUAUAAUGAUAGAGGUUAGAUCGGCACAUUGUUCGCUACUGAAUGUACAGUAAUAAUUCCCUGAUAGGUGUGAGACCCCCUGUCUGCCAUCAAGAGUUAUAUGGUGGACGAAUGAGGGAAUAUACCAAGCAAUAAUAGAUUUUAACAGGUCAAAGAUAAGCACAGUUCAUAGUAUAUUUGUGUAGGUAUAUAGAACGUAUAUUGAAUACCCUUUACCUGCCUUUUAGCAAGGGAUAUUGUGAAUGGGGAAAUAGAGUGAUUUAAUGUGAAAUGUUUGCGUUUCUCUGAAAUGUUUCUGGUUAAUCUGGAGCUGUAACUACUGCCAUCCAGCAGCUCAUUUAUCAAAUAUUACAGUACAUAUUAAAAUACCACAUUGUGGUGUAGCCUGUGUGGAAAGUUAACUUGUGGUUAAUACAUAUGAGAACUGGAUUUCCUGCUCCUCUUUGCUGUUUAACCUCCCUUGAACUAACAUGAGCUAACUGUAACUGUAAUCCACGACCACUGUGUACUGCGUGUUUGUUUGUAUACAGCAGCACCUCUGCAACUGCUUCUGUAUUUGGACUAUGAACUGUCUGUGCCUGAGGUACUAUACCCAACUUUUAUCCUGUUGGUUUGCAGUUGUUUUUCUAUUGAAUUGAACAGAUGAUGAUCUUUGAAGUCACUGCACAAGACGGAAAUAUUAAAAGGAGAAAAUA